UCCUCAUCAUCAUCCACUAUCAUUUCACGCCUAGACAGUCCGUUCCGUUUUUGUUUCCUCCUAUCGAACACAAAUCAUGGCGACUGGUCUGCUCCGACGAGGGAUUUCGAUCUCCAGAAACUCUGUAUCGCCGGCGUCGAGGCUCGUGACGGCUCGGCUACACGCCUCCGAAGCCGAGGCCCAGCAGGUGGAGCCGAAAGCUCGUCCGAGCAUGAAUCUCAAGACAUUCCAAAUCUACAGAUGGAACCCGGACAACCCUUCCAAACCCCAGCUUAAGGACUACCAGAUCGAUCUCAAGGAGUGUGGGCCUAUGGUCCUUGACGCGCUUAUCAAGAUCAAGAACGAGAUCGACCCGACCCUAACUUUCCGUCGAUCGUGCCGCGAGGGAAUCUGCGGCUCCUGUGCUAUGAAUAUCGACGGCUGUAAUGGUCUCGCUUGCCUCACGAAGAUUCCGUCGGGGAAGGAAUCGAUGAUCACGCCGUUGCCGCACAUGUUCGUGAUUAAGGAUCUGGUGGUGGAUAUGACUAAUUUCUACAAUCAGUACAAAAGCAUCGAGCCAUGGCUUAAGAGGAAGAGCCCGGCGCCGAAUCCUGGGAAGGAGAUCCCACAGAGCAAGAAAGACAGGGCCAAGCUUGAUGGAAUGUAUGAGUGUAUUCUCUGUGCCUGCUGUAGCACAUCCUGCCCUAGUUACUGGUGGAACCCUGAGUCCUACCUUGGUCCCGCUGCUCUGCUCCACGCUAAUAGGUGGAUUAGUGAUAGCCGUGAUGAGUAUACUGAGGAGCGACUGGAAGCAAUAAACGAUGAGUUUAAGCUUUACCGCUGCCAUACCAUAUUGAAUUGUGCCCGUGCAUGCCCGAAGGGUUUGAAUCCUGGGAAGCAAAUCACACAUAUCAAGAAGCUACAGCAUGGCCCUGCCUCCAGCUAGAGAGCAGCAUUUAGGUUCGAAUUUUGUGAAAGCAUGGUGAUGCAUCUGACCAGUUAUUCUGGAAUAUUUUUCGAGCACCAGUCAACUAUAUGAUUUGUUUUUAAUAAUUUAUGCACUUACUGUAUAAGCCAUCCCAUGCGCGUACCUCAAAAGGUUCAAGAUUAUAGCACGUUGUCAUUGUUAGCUUUUGUUCAUUUGACAGCAUUGUAUGAGUUGUGACCCCUUAUUUGCUUGUCAAAAUCUUGAAAUAAUAUCAGCCUGUCUUGUCAAUUUUGAA